GCCCAGAUCGAGUGCUCGGCGGAGUCGGUGAACUUGGAGAGGUUCGCCGAUCUGCGGUAUAAACCCAUCAUGGAAUUUAUGCAAAGCCUCGGUGCCACAGACACAGGCACAAAGCCGCUGCCAGAAAACAUUAUACCGUCGUGGCAGCAGGCUUUCGUUCGCGCACAUGACUGCUUGGCGGUACCUGCUGGGUUCGUCUACGUCGAAAAAGCAAUGAGUGCCACAAACACCAUCAUCAAGCUCCCCUCCUCCUGGAUGACGGUGCAGGGCUUGAAGGCGAUGCGUGUCAUCCAGCAGAUGUUUCCGACGUCCCUGGGCUCAUUAGCAAGCUGA